AUGGCAAACCAGGUGACCUCCGUCGACAUCCACCGAAAGGGCACAAAUGUCGACACUGGCCACUUUAAAACUGCGGCAUUCACCUGCCACACCAUGUUCGGAGACGAUUCGGGAACGAACGAGGGAAGCCAAGUCCGUCUGCGCAAGCGGAUGGCCAAGAACCUGCAGGCCAACAUGGUUGAAGUGCUGCUGUGCGUCGACGACUCGGGUUCGAUCAGUGACCCCGACUUUGUCAAGCUGAGGCAAGCAGGUGAGGAGAUCCUGCGCAUUUCAGCCAGCAACAACGGCGCCCGUUUCGCCGGGGUGAUGUUCCACUCAACCUCCACCAUCGUGAGUCCCUGGCGCCAGUCGGCCAUUGAGGUUCAGCAAGCGUUGAACUCGCAUGUCCGGAAACGUGGAGGGACCAACACCUCCCAGGGCCUUACGGAUGCGCAGCAGUUGUACUCGCGCGGCCGAAACAACGCCAAGAGGCUUCUCUUCCUUCUGACCGAUGGCGAAGCCAACGACAAGGCAGAUGCUGAGCGCUUGGCUGCUCAACUCAAGUUCACUCAAGGCGCCAUGGUGUUUGUCCUGGCGGUGGGGAAACACUUCGACAUGGACCACCUGGCCAAAGUGGCCAGCUACGGGUGCCUCUACCGAGUGGACAACUACGAGGCACUGCUCGAAGCGCUCAAGGACAACGAGCGCAAUGACAGCAGCGUGCAGCAUGAUCUCCACGUUACCCUCCGUGCCUACACUGUCAACUCCCCGGUCAAGUUCUCACAGGACCUCAAGUACCAACUGGAGGUGCACAACGUCGGAACGGUGGCGCUACCGGCGGGAACUCGCAUCUGGCUGAGUGAACAAGGCCACUACUUCAACGAGACCUGCGUCAACCUGCCGCACUCUCUCGAGGUCGGUGACAAGACGCAGCUGUCCUUCACCCUCAACAGCCAGAAGAGGCACUUCCGACACCUCUCCGACGGUGUGCAAUUCAGCAUCAAGCACCCCCACGGUGCGCAGGUGUACUGCGACAUGAACGAGAUCGAAUUCCGGAGCCAGGACUUCAUCGGCAACUUCAUCGGCUACCGGCCGCCCAGCCCUGCCACCUGCCUCAACAUCCUCAUGUUCGGCGUCAUCGGGUCGGGCAAGAGCAGCUUCACCAACACCAUCCUCAGCGCCUUCUCCGACCAGGUCAUGGACAACGCGCAGGUGGGCGGAGACGGCGACCACUGCACCACCGACUACAGGCGCUUUCACCUGGGGCAACUGUGUGGCCUCACUGGAACCGAGAUUGCGCUGUGGGACAGCUGGGGCCUCGACGAGGAGACCUAUGGCAACGACUUCCUGAUGACCCUGCUGCGCGGCGAUCUCCCGAGCGGAUACGAGAUGGUGAACGUUUCCAUUGUGGACGGGGCCAAGCGCGACCCCGACAACAUGCACCAGGUCGACAGGCGCAUCCACGGGGUGCUCAUGUUCGUGCCCAUCAACAUCUUGGAAGAUUCGGUCAUGCUCCUCCGCAUCAAGGACGCCCUGCGCCUGACCAACAAGAUGAAGCUGAACGCCCAGGUGGUCGUCACGAGGGCAGACACGGUAAGCGGGAAGCAGAACCGCGUCACCCUGCAGGAGAGGAUCGCCAAGGAGCUCAACCUGGCUCCACUGAGGGUGAACUUGGUCAAGAACUACAUCAAGGUCCGGGACAAGGACUUCGGCAUCGACAAGGUGGCGCUCCGGGUCUUCGCGGACAUAGUUGAUACCGCGCAUCAGUACGUGAAGACCUACGUGGCCGCCUCACCCUCGUCGCCUACCUGCUCCCCCGUCGAUUCCCCCCAGCGCCACUUCCACGUCGAAAAGCCCAACGACCCUGGAUCGCCCUACGUGCCGCGCCAGGCGGCUCCCCAACCGUCCAGCCACCAGUCGACCUCGGCCAGCACUCCUCCCCCCAGCAGCGGAGCCGACACCCUCUUGGUGCACCACGGGCCGAAGGUCGUGAAGGUGAAGUACAACGACUCCACAACCUUCUACUCGCUUCUGAAGACCGUGUGCUUCCAGUACCGGCUGCCGCACGAUCUCUACGCGCUCGCCGACGCUCCGGUUGAGGUGCGCUUACUGGGUGGAGGACAAGGUCUGCUCCUUCACAGGACUCACCGACGUCUAUCUGGUGCAGUUCUGAUAUCAUGUCCGCUUGAGACUGUUGUCAGUCCCUCCAGGCCAAGCGACAACACAACUGUUCUCCCUCCAUAG